AUGGCCGUAUGGGGAAGAACGGGAACAAUCCGCGACUGCCCACCCUUAGAUUCUCCCGCAGGUGCUGGGCUGGCGAAGGAGGGCAUCACCGAGCGCGAGUGGGCAGCUCUUCUUAAGGUUGGCGAGGUGAUCUCUCUCAAAGGAAGCGAGCUGCUCAUAUCACAGGGAGACACCUACGAUGAGCCAGGGGACCGCCAGCUCUAUCUACUUUCUGACGGGGAAUGCCGGAUCGAAGUCAAGGGCAAACCGGUGGCAUCCAUUGCACCAGGCGACUUCGUCGGGGAAGCAUCGUUUACCUCCGGGAGGGUGCAGCCACGUACCGCCACCGUGCGCGCGAAAAGCGACGAGAUCCGUGUGAUGGCGUGGACGUGGAGAGACCUGCAAGCCUUCAUGGACAACCCGAAAAACUUGCGCACCAAGGCUGCGCUGCAGGCUAUCUGGAUGGAGGGACUUGCGGGAAAACUCAACGACGUCAUGUCUGCGCUCGGCGGGCAGUCGGUGGUGGAGCUCGCGGAAGAAGACAAGACUCGGGCCGGCGACUACGGGUACCGAUACCUGGAGGACACGCGGGAGGUGGAAAGCAUUGUGCCGAUCAGCGCGAGCACCUUGGCGUGGUGGACGUUCACGAGAGAAUACCGGGCCCUUCGAAGAACUUUCCGUUUCGGAGAGUUCAAGGACACCGGCAUCGCUGGACCGUUCUCGAUCAUCGAUAGGUUUCUCGAGACGUCUGUAUUCCCGGUGCUCCGGCCGUCGCGAGUGGACCUCCCACAGGAUCCCGAGGUGGUGGACCUGCAGAACCGCCUGAACGAGCUCAAGCUGAGCAACAAGGCCAUCGAGGACAGGGAGACGGCCAGGAUAGCGGCAACCAAGGCCUUCCUCGAGGAUGAAUCCCGCAAGGGGUUGAGGGCCGCGGGGUACAUCCUGCGGUCGCAGACCCCUUGGUAUGUGAUGGCGCCCUACAAGGCCCUCUGCUGGUUCUUGGACGUGGUCUUCGAGGAUCGACCAAUCCAGCGUUUUUGGUUCUUGGAGACGGUGGCAAGGAUGCCGUACUUCUCGUACCUUUCGAUGCUGUUUCUGUAUGAGACACUGGGUUGGUGGAGUGGUGCUGCUGAAGUCAGGAAAGUUCACUUCGCUGAGGAGUACAAUGAGAUGCAGCACUUGCGGAUCAUGGAGUCGCUAGGAGGAGACACGCGCUGGUCCGACCGUUUCUUGGCCAGACACGCCGCCAUCAUCUACUUCUCCGUGCUGAUACUGGGGUAUCUGGUGUCACCCUUCUUGGCGUACAACUUCAGCGAGCUCAUCGAGAGCCACGCCGUGGACACCUACACGGAAUUCGCCGAAGCCAACGAGGAGCUUCUAAAGAGCCUGCCGCCUACUCCACAGGCGUUGGACUACUACCACGGGGGAGACAUGUACCUUUUCGACGAGUUCCAGACCAGUCGGCCUGCUUUCAGCCGCCGACCGAGAAUUCAAAACCUUUACGACGUCUUCAGCUGCAUCCGCGACGACGAGUUGGAACACGUCAAGACGAUGUUCGCCUGCGAGCGGGGCACAGGCGCCCUGCCCUCCCCCAACGCAGCCGCGGCGACCCCGCGCUGGGCCCAAGACGCCACACCCACCAUGCCCAAUGCCACCGCCCCCAACAUCCGCCGGAAUACGGUCAAGAGAGCGGAGACCGAUGACGCCGGCGGCGGGGGUCGCAGCGGCGGUUCGGACAAGCUGAGAACGGACAUUGCCCGGAAAACCCCGCUGGAGGCGUUUACGGCCGCGUUCAACCCGCUCAGGGACCUGGUCAAGGCCGUCGAGAAGCGUGACGUCACGGAGAAGUUGCGGCGGGGAAGAGACAACGGCGGGGAGCAAGGCACAGAUUCGGCCGUAGGGGCACGGGGAGGAGAAGAGGAGAAGAUCGACGUGUCGGCCUCACGAAAGGAGCCGGAGGAAAAGCAAGAUUCGUAG